CCUCGCAAAGAUCGCGCUUAGAUCACUGGAGAACGAUUCAUGGUGUAAUCGCACGCGGGAGUGAUUAUGCGCUGCACAAAGAACAGUUUCGUCAACAACGACAGCGUGGAAGGCUCGUACAGGCUUUCUAUGAUAUCAGGAAACGAGAAACCUCUUGAGAAUGGGUCCACAACUGCUGCAGUUGAGGAUGAAAGCGGAAGAGCUCAAUGGGGUAGCAAAGUGGAGUUCCUGAUGUCCUGUGUGGCGUUCUCGGUUGGUCUUGGAAAUGUUUGGAGAUUCCCUUACACUGCUUAUGAAAAUGGCGGUGGUGCAUUCCUCGUGCCAUAUAUCAUCGUGUUGUUCAUUAUUGGCAAACCCAUCUACUACAUGGAAAUGAUAUUAGGUCAAUUUAGUAGCAGGUCCUGCGUACAAGUUUGGUCUGUCUCUCCUGCCUUCAGAGGUAUCGGUUAUGGUCUGACCAUUUCCGUUUUCUCAGUCGUCACUUACUAUUGUUCCCUGAUGGCACUGACGGUGUAUUAUCUGCUGGCCAGCUUUCAGUCUGUCCUUCCCUGGGCUUUUUGUUGGCCGGAAUGGGGAGAUGCCUGUUUCGACAGUACUUUGGCUAGCAACGAAGUAACAAAUAUCAGCAAAAGUAGCUCAGCUGAUUUAUACUUCCGCAAAGUGGUCCUGAACGAAGCUGGGAUCGAAGAUGGACUCGGACUUCCAUCUUGGAAGUUGGUCCUUUCUCUACUCGUCAGCUGGUCAUUUGUCUUUAUAGUACUCAGGAACGGUGUGAAAAGUAGCGGAAAAGCUGCGUAUUUCCUCGCUCUGUUCCCAUACGUCAUCAUGAUAACCCUUUUGGUGAGAGCAGUUACCUUGGAUGGAGCAGUCAAUGGCAUAAUAUUCCUUUUCGAGCCAACUUGGGAGAUGAUCUUAAACCCAUCCGUAUGGUACGCAGCCGUGACUCAAUCCUUCUUUUCUCUUGGAGUUUGUUUCGGGGCUGUUGUCAUGUAUUCCUCCUACAAUCGUUUCGACCAUAACGUACUGAGAGAUUGCACGUUAGUGACGACCAUGGAUCUAGGCACGAGUCUGAUAGCAGGAACGACGAUCUUCGGCAUCCUAGGCAAUCUUGCUCACGAAUCUGGUAAAGAGGACAUCAGUACCGUGGUUCGUGCAGGGACAGGGCUAGCUUUUAUCUCAUAUCCAGAAGCCUUGGCAAAAUUCACCGUAGUUCCACAACUGUUCGCUGUGUUAUUCUUCUUGAUGCUAUUCAUCCUGGGAAUCGGUACCACCGUGGCGUUCACAGCGGUUAUCAGCAGUGUCAUCAAGGACAGAUUCCCUCAUUUGCAGGAUUGGAAGGUAGCUGGUGGCGUUUCUUGCGCUGGCUUUCUGGUUGGGAUCGUUUAUUGCACGAGUGGUGGACAAUAUAUCUUAAAUCUGGUGGACUAUUUUGGAGGGACGUUUAUCAUAGUAUUUCUCGCUUUCUUCGAAGUUAUCGCCAUUUCCUGGGUAUACGGAGUCGACAAUUUUCUGGACGACACCGAGUUCAUGGUAGGCAGCAGACCUUCGUUCUACUGGAGAUUCUGCUGGUGUUACCUAACGCCAUUGACGCUUUUGUCGAUCCUCGUCUACUUUCUCACGGAACUCACACCCAUUAAGUACAAUGGCGAAUAUUACCCCACUUCCGCCUAUGUUGCUGGUUGGCUACUUUUGGCGCUGGGAGUGAUCCAACUUCCCAUCUGGAUGCUCGUUUGCAGAUUCAAGCAAGGCAAAGAAAAAUCCUGUUUGGACAUUCUGAAGCCGACACCCAGCUGGGGUCCCAAGGAUCCCAUAAGAUACAAGAAGUGGAAGGAAUUCAAGGAUGCGAAGCGAAUAGCUAGGAUGAAUUUGGACAAAAAGAGAUCGAGGAUCGUUGCGAUGUUGAUCGGAGAGGAUUGAAUGGGAUCACGCUGUCGAGGAAACGUUUCUUUCAAUUCAGAAGUUUCUCUUCGCUAUUGUCGCAU